CGGGUGAGGCAGGAAGUCUGUGCUUGGCACAGGCAGCAGGGAGGGCCUGGCUUCCCAGGAAAGAAAAGUGAAAGUAUCGUGAGCCCUUGUGCAGGAAGCUGAAGGCUGAACUUGCAGCUUCACUCCACCCCCAGAAACUGGUGCCGCGCCUGAAGGAUCCUUCAAUGGACUGCUGUUCUCCCUAGAGUUGUGGGAAGACAGUCAGGGAAAGCCUAAGGGAGGGCGAUCCUAGGCCAGCGCCAUGGCACAGUGGGGCCAGCAGAUGGCAGGUGGAGACUGUGAUUUCAACUGCAGGUCAGUCCUGGUGUCUUCUCCUGUCCUUCAUUUCUGGGACCAGAGCCCAGAGGACCAGAAUCCAAAAGAGCAGGUUUUCUAUGAGUUCAUUUUUAGGCUCUUCAAGGAAAAUAAGGUGGAGAUUGCAACUGCAAUAACGAAGCCAUUUCCUUUUCUUAUGGGCCUCCGAGACCAUGGCUUUAUCCCUGAACGGAUGUAUAAUCAUUUUCUAGAAGUUUGUAGUAGUAAUAUGGUCUCCAUGGAGAGAGUGGCAUAUGAUGUUCUCAGUGAACUGGAGAAGAAAUUUGACAUUACAGUUCUGGAUGCCUUGUUCAGCAAAGUUAACCUGAAGGCUUAUCGUGAUUUACCUGAGAUUCUCAGAAGCUUCCAAAAUGUGCUUUAUGGUAUAGUCCAUGACCAAGCUAUUGAUGGUGAAGAAACAACAGAGAUGCUCAACUGCCAACAAAGCUAUGAACAAGGUGAAGCCCUACCUGGAGCUGGAAUCUCAGAGUAUCUCAGUGAUGGGCAGCAAAUGAGUAUAAAGGAAGAAGAUUUAUCUCAUGACCUAAAUACUUCAAUACAAACCCAGGAAAUGACAAAUGAACCUGCCCAAGAAUCUCAACAAAUAGUGUGCUGUGAACACUCACCUGUCCAAGUGAAUAAUGCAAGAGGGUUAGAAGAUAGACCCAGCUUGCUGCCACAUGAUGGACAAGAUGCCAGUGGAAUUUCAAUUCUUUCUGAAGAGAACAGAAAGGCCUGUUGUGUAACCUGUGAUGGAGAAGAGCCCCAGGAAGCUUUGAGCUCCCCACGGAGACAUGAACCAGUUUCCUGUGAGCACGAAGCUUUCCAAAGGACUAGUGAAGGUGAUUCUGAAGAGAUACCAAAACUGCUUCCAGUCAAUGGGGGAGUGCCCUUGGAACUUGGUGAUCUACAAAUGGAUGAAAGAGGAGAAAUAGAAGAAAUGCCCAAGUUACUGCCUUAUGAUGGAGACGUGACCUGUGAUCUCAAAGCUUCAGAAAUGACUAAUGGAGGAGAAGUACAGAAGGUACUUAGACUACAACCUGCUGAGGGAGAAGAGGACAGCAUUGCCUCUUGGGAGCCCUGUGAUGGAGAAGAGCUUGAGGAAAACUUUAGCUCCCCACCCAGAUGUGAGCCAGUGGACAAUAAUGCCUCUUGGGAGCCCUGUGAUGGAGAAGAGCUUGAGGAAGACUUGAGCUCCCCACCCAGACGUGAGCCAGUAUCUGGUGAACUAGAAGCUCCCCAAAUGGAUAGAGAAGGAGAAUCUGAAGAGCUUACCUCUAGCUCACUACCCUGCGAUGGACAAGGAGCAGAGCUACCAGCAGGUGGAAAUGAUAAGCAUGCCUGUGUUACGUGCUUCUCAAACGACAUGCCAGGAAGUCUGGAAGCAAGGACUGAAAGUAGUGAAGCAUGUGACACAAUAGAUAAUGUGAAUCUUGGAAACAACUCUACUUUGGGAAAACUCAAGAGGAAAAGAAAAAAAAAGAAAGGGCAUUCCUGGUUUAGAAUCAAAAGGAAAUGGCAGAGAAACAUACAUCAAAAAGUAUCUGGUGAACUAGAAGCUCCCCAAAUGGGUAGAGAAGAAGAAUCUGAAGAGCUUAACUCUAUCCCACUACCCAGUGAUGGACAAGGAGCAGAGCUGCCAACACGUGGAAAUGAGAGGUGUUCCUGUGUUAUGUGCUUCAUAAAUUAUGAUUUGGGUCCAGAAUUAGAGCUACCAGCACAUAAAAGUAAUACUGUGGAUCUUGGAAACAACUCUACUUUGGGACAAUUCAAGAGGAAAAGAAGAAAAAAGAAAGGGCAUUCCUGGACAAGAGUGAAAAGAAAAUGGCUGAGAAACAUAAAUCAAAAAGGGUCAAGAAGGCACACAGAUGAAAGUGUGGAUUUUUCCUCUGAAAUACUUCCUGUGACCUGUGGUGAGGUGAAAGGGAUGUUACAUAAGAAGAAAUUGAAACAAGGAUCCACCAUGAAGUGCAUACAGGGUGAGGAUGGAAAUUGGUUCACUCCCAGAGAAUUUGAAGUCAAAGGAGGCCGUGCAGGAUGGAAGAACUGGAAGAACAGCAUGCGCUGCAGUAGGAGAACCCUAAAAUGGCUGAUAGAGAAAGGAUUUCUAUGCAAUCCCCCAGUGAUAUACAGAAGGAGAAAAAAGCGGAGAAUCUCGCAGUCUCAUGACAAUACCUUAGUUGACCCAUAUCUAGGAAAUUCAGACGUAUGUGAGAUCUGCCGGUAUGGAGGAAAGCUAUUCUGCUGUGAUACUUGUUCAAGAUCCUUUCAUGAGGACUGUCACCUCCCACCUGUGGACAUUGAGAGGAGCCCGUGGAGUUGCAUCUUCUGCAGGAUGAAGGAGUCUUCAGGAAGUCAGCAGUGUCUCAGGGAAUCUGAGGUCCUGGCGAGGCAGAUGGGGCCCGAGGAGCAGCUGAAAUGUGAGUUCCUUCUCUUGAAAGUCUAUUGCGAUUCAGAGAGCACGUUUUUUUCGAAGAUUCCAUAUUAUUAUUAUAUUAAAGAGACUUCUCAACAUCUAAAGGAACCCAUGUGGUUGGACAAGAUCAAGAAGAGGCUAAUUAAGCUGGGCUACCCCCAAGUGGAAGGGUUUGUGAAGGACAUGCGCCUCAUCUUUCAGAACCACAGGGCAUCUUAUAAGUACAAUGACUUUGGCCUAAUGGGACUUAGACUGGAGGCAGAAUUUGAGAAGAAUUUCAAGGAAGUGUUUGCUAUUCAGGAAACAAAUGAGAGCAGCUCACUUGCAUAGCGGAUACUGUUGGGACCCUGGAAAAUCCCCUCAUCCUCUAAAUUGCUGUGAGGGUUGGCUGCCAAUCCAUCUCUCCCCUGAGGAAUAUUACAUUGAGCCCAAUAAAUGGAGCCAGCAUUGCAUGGAGGUUAUAUUGGUGGAAGUGGAGUUCUUGAGGUGCCAUGAGGAAAAGAAUUUCCUGAGGCCCCCAUGGGAGGAUGGGGUUUCAUGGAAAGCUUGUUUGUUGAUGUAAAAUUAAGAGGGUUUCCCUCCAAGGUCCCAUCUUCAUCUGUCUCACCAUGCAAGAAGUCCAAUCUUGCCUUCAGUAUGGCUAGAUUUAAGGCCAGUGCACGUAAGUUCUGUUCCAUAUUAAAAUACAGUCUAGUCCAUUCCAGCAUCUGGUUAGUUUAGCUUGUGUUCUCAGCUCCAGUCCAGGGGUUGUCAUGGCCCAUGGCCAUGUGGCUGCUUAAGGCCACAUGGCUAUGGAGAGAAAACAGAUAGUUGCACGGCAAGUGUGGGACAUGGAGCAAGAGAGAACAAAAGUAAACAAUAGAGAAGGACCUGUCUGGGGAUUUUACCCUCCCAAGAUUUUGUGCACUUGCCGUGGCUCCACCCUUCCAACCAAUGAUCUUUUUCCUGGGCUAGAUGGCAGGCAAGCACCUUCCCUACAUCACCCUGACUUCACUGUGCAUGCACCCAUCUCCCCCAUUGUUCUAUCCCUUCCUCCCGUAAUCUGCAGGGAAUGGACUGGGGGUUUCCUGGGGAGCAUGAAGCUGUAGCUUCCUAGUGAAGCUGCCCAGAUAACAAUGGUUAUAAUGUCUAGCCUCCCCUUUGCUCUCUUCCUAUUAUUAAUAUUGACAAACUAGCUAAUUGCAACAACAACAGUUAUACCUCCUUGGCCUUGGGUCUAGUUCCACUGGGAUUAGGUUGGAGCUACUCCAAGUUGUGACCACGUCCUUGCUUAGCUUUCUCAUCAGGCAAUCCUGUUUUCCUCUCCACUCCUCCAUCUGAGAUAAUUAUCACAAUAAACCAUUUACUUAAGGGACGUCAUUUUGGGUUCUGCUUCUAGGGAACUUAACAUAAUAGUCCUAGCAAGAGGCCCUAAGGGUGGGAUUUGUGAGCUGAAUCAUUGUCUAGCCAGAAGGUAACAGGAAGAAUAUUGGUAGUUUCUAUAACAGUGUCACUGACAAAAUUUUAUCUGUAGGAAACUGGAUGAUAUAGAGGGAAAGAGGUAUGCCAGCUGGUACAGUUCUAUGUUAUUUAUAAUAAUAACUAUAAGAAGGACUUAAAUGUAAGAUGGAAAACCAUAAAAAUCCUAUAAAACUCCAUAGGCAGCGAAAUAGCAGACAUAUGUUGUAGCAAUAUCUUUACAGACACAGCU